UGUUUCUCUUUCAGCCUCAUGCCAUUUUGUUGCUGUUGGAAAAAUAAAGAAAAAACUCCAACAGCAGGCCGAAACGGGGACAUUAAUGUCCCCCAACAUGGAGUGCUGAGUAAAAGAGUGUAAAUUCCUUCCAGCAGAAGAGAUCCGCGUCUUCAGGAAUCAGCAGUGAGUCCAUGAGCUGUGUGUCCAUACACUAAUAUUCAAAAAUGGAGAGCCGGGAUCUGGACACAGAUAAUGUGACCCCACCCUCAAAAAAACGUAAAGUCCAGAUGAAGAGAUCAGACUCACCAGAACCCAGCUGUGUCUCCAUGAAGAGCGAUGCAUCUAUGCCUCAUCCCUGGGACUUUAAAACUGGAAACCCGUCACCUGGACACAGUGAAGUCCAGAUAAAGAGAUCAGACUCACCAGAACCCAGCUGUGUCUCCAUGAAGAGCGAUUGGUCUAUGGAUCCUCCCAGGAGCUUUAAAACUGGAAACCCGUCACCUGGACACAGUGUUUUACAGAAGGCAGGAGACAGAAGAGAAAAGAUCUUCAUCACAGGUACAGGACAUGCCCCAGAAUCUCCUGCUGUAAAUGAAUUCCAGAAGAAGUUCAGAUUAAAUCUGAUGAAGAAGUUUCAGUGUUUAAAUGGAGUGAUGAUAAAGCCGGAAACGCGAGCGCUCCUGAAUGAGAUCUACACCGAGCUCUACAUCACAGAAGGAGACAGUGGAGACAUCUAUAAAGAACAUGAGGUGAGACGGAUGGAGGCAGCAUCCAGGAGAAAAACAACAGAGGAAACACCAAUCAAAUGCAGCGACAUCUUUAAGCCCUUAUCUGAAAAAGCCCAACCCAUCAGAACUGUAGUGACAAAGGGCGUGGCUGGUAUUGGAAAAACAGUCUCUGUGCAGAAGUUCAUUGUGGACUGGGCUGAAGGGAAAGCAAAUCAGGACAUCCCCCUCAUAUUUCCACUUCCUUUCAGAGAGCUGAAUCUGAUGAAGGACCAAAACCUGAGUCUGCUGGAGCUCCUUCAUGUCUGCUUUAAGGAAACCAGAGAAACAGAAAUGUCCAGGUUGGAAAAGGUUCUGUUCAUUUUUGAUGGAUUGGAUGAGUGUCGUUUCCCUCUGGAUUUCCGGAACACAGUGAGAGUGUGUGAUGUAACUGAAUCAGCAUCAGUGCGUGUGCUGCUGAUAAACCUGAUCAAAGGGAAUCUGCUUCCCUCUGCUCUCAUCUGGAUCACCUCCCGACCAGCAGCAGCUGAUCAAAUCCCCUCUGAGUACGUCCAUCGAGUCACAGAGGUACGAGGGUUCAAUGACCCACAGAAGGAGGAGUACUUCAGGAAGAGGGUCGGUGAUCGGAGCCUGGCCGAGAACAUCAUCACACACCUGAAGUCAUUAAGAAGCCUGUACAUCAUGUGUCACAUCCCAGUCUUCUGCUGGAUUUCAGCCGCUGUUCUCGAGAGAAUGUUGGGUGAAGCAGAGAGUGGAGAGAUCCCCAAGACUCUUACUCAAAUGUACACACACUUCCUCAUCAUUCAGACAAACGUCAUCAGAGAAAAAUACUCAAAGAAGCAGGAGAGUAAUGAAGAAAUGCUGCUCAAACUGGGACAACUGGCUUUUGAGCAGCUGGAGAAAGGCAACCUGAUCUUCUAUGAGGAAGACCUGCGAGGGUGUGGCAUUGAUGUGACAGAAGCAGCAGUGUACUCAGGUGUGUGUACGCAGAUCUUCAGAGAGGAGCCUGGGCUUCACCAAAGUAAAGUGUACUGCUUUGUUCAUCUGAGCAUUCAGGAGCAUCUCGCAGCUCUGUAUGUGCAUCUGACCUUCAUGAAGGAAAAGAGAAAUGUUCUUGAUCAGAGUCGGUCCUCUGAGACAAUUUCAGAUGUACACAAGAGGGCUGUAGAUCAGACGUUAGAAUCUGAGACUGGACAUCUGGAUCUGUUCCUCCGCUUUCUUCUGGGUCUCUCACUGGAGUCCAAUCAGAAACUCUUAGAUGCCUUAAUAACACAGACAGGAAGUAGCUCCCAGAGCAAAGUUGAAACAGUUCAGUACAUUAAGGAGAUGAUCAGUGGUGGUGAUGAUGAUGAUGAAGACCUUCCUGCAGAAAAAUCCAUCAAUCUGUUCCACUGUCUGAAUGAACUGGGUGAUGAUUCUCUCGUGGAGGAAAUCCAACGCUACCUGAAAUCUGGGAAACGAAGUGAACUCUCUCCUUCACAGUGGUCUGCUCUGGUGUUUGUGUUACUGACUUCAGCACAGGAGCUGGAGGAGUUUGAUCUGAGUAAAUAUACCAGUCCAGAGGAGGUAACAGAUCGGGUUCUUGUGAAGGUGAUGCCUGUGAUUGCAGCAUCCAGAAAAGCCGUUAUCAGUUGUGAUAGAAUUGAAGAGAGCAGCACUGAAGCUCUGGUCUCAGUGCUCAACUCAGAAACCUCCAAUCUGAGAGAACUGCAUCUGACUGGGAGGACACUGGAUCUGACUGGGAAUAAACUAGAAGAUUCAGGAGUGAAGCGUCUCUGCGCUGGACUGGAGAAUCCUCACUGUAAAGUGGAGAACCUGGUGUUGCGGCAGUGUGGUGUCUCAGAUGAAGGCUGUGCUGCUCUGAGUUCAGCUCUGAGAUCAAACCCCUCACACCUGAGAGAACUGGAUCUGUCCCAUAAUAAUUUCGGAGACUCAAGAGUGAAGCGUCUCUCUGCUGUACUGGAGAAUCCUCACUGUAAACUGGAGAUACUGGGGUUGCGGCGGUGUGGUGUCUCAGAUGAAGGCUGUGCUGCUCUGAGUUCAGCUCUGAGAUCAAACCCCUCACACCUGAGACACCUGGAUCUGUCCUGUAAUAAUCUGGGAGACUCAGGAGUGAAGCGUCUCUCUGCUGUACUGGAGAAUCCUCACUGUAAACUGGAGACACUGAGGUUGUGUGGUUGUGGUGUCUCAGAUGAAGGCUGUGCUGCUCUGAGUUCAGCUCUGAGAUCAAACCCCUCACACCUGAGAGUACUGGAUCUGUCCGAUAAUAAUCUGGGAGACUCAGGAGUGAAGCGUCUCUCUGCUGUACUGGAGAAUCCUCACUGUAAACUGGAGAUACUGAGGUUGGAGCGGUGUGGUGUCUCAGAUGAAGGCUGUGCUGCUCUGAUUUCAGCUCUGAGAUCAAACCCCUCACACCUGAGACACCUGAAUCUGUCCUGUAAUAAUCUGGGAGACUCAGGAGUGAAGCGUCUCUCUGCUGUACUGGAGAAUCCUCACUGUAAACUGGAGAUACUGGGGUUGUUUGAUUGUGGUGUCUCAGAUGAAGGCUGUGCUGCUCUGAGUUCAGCUCUGAGAUCAAACCCCUCACACCUGAGAGACCUGGAUCUGUCCGGUAAUAAUCUGGGAGACUCAGGAGUGAAGCGUCUCUCUGCUGUACUGGAGAAUCCUCACUGUAAACUGGAGAUACUGAGGUUGCGGCAGUGUGGUGUCUCAGAUGAAGGCUGCGCUGCUCUGAGUUCAGCUCUGAGAUCAAACCCCUCACACCUGAGAGAACUGCAUCUGACCCGUAAUAAUCUGGGAGACUCAGGAGUGAAGCGUCUCUCUGCUGUACUGGAGAAUCCUCACUGUAAACUGGAGAUACUGUGGUUGCGGGAGUGUGGUGUCUCAGAUGAAGGCUGCGCUGCUCUGAGUUCAGCUCUGAGAUCAAACCCCUCACACCUGAGAGACCUGAAUCUGUCCCGUAAUAAUCUGGGAGACUCAGGAGUGAAGCGUCUCUCUGCUGUACUGGAGAAUCCUCACUGUAAACUGGAGAAACUGUGGUUGCGGCGGUGUGGUGUCUCAGAUGAAGGCUGUGCUGCUCUCGCUUCAGCUCUGAGAUCAAACCCCUCACACCUGAGAGAACUGAAUCUGACUGGGAAUAAAAUCGGAGACUCAGGAAAGAAUCUGCUCUCUGCUCUUAAGGAUGAUGAACGUUACAAACUACAGACACUGUGGUUGAGGAUUUGAUGAACAUCUGUGUGUGAUGAAGAGACUCGUUCCUGCAGUUCCAUGUUGGAAAUGAGCACUUUAUUAGGAACAACUUGUGACCUGCAUGAAACUGCUUACAGUACUCUGCACAAUUUAUCAGUCAAAUCCAUUCCAAAGAAAUAAAAAUAGUGUUUUAUUUUUAUUGGAUAAAACUAGUUUGUGUAUUUAAAUUUCUGCAACAGUUAAAUACAUUUAUAUCUCGUAUCAAAAUGUAUAUGAACUUAUUUGCAUGCUGUACAUUAUUCCUUGGUGUUUCAGGUGUAAUUGUGUGUGUGUGUGUGUGUAUAUGUAUAUGUAUAUAUAUAUAUAUAUAUAUAUAUAUAUAUACACACACACACACACACACACUGAAAGGAACUUGACAGUUUUUACAAAAUACCAAAAACAUUUAUGAUUAAAUGUCAAACAUUUCAUUCAUUCAGUCUUAUCUACAGUACAGUGGGAUAAUGUGAGGGCUUUGUGUGAAGUAAUACUUCACACAAGAUAUACUUCACAUCCCGAUCCGAUCCCGAUGCGCAUUUUUUGCUGAUAUCGGCGGCCGAUCCGAUAUUAGGAUCGGAUCGGCCGCCGAUAUCAGCAAAAAAUGCGCAUCGGGAUCAGAUAGGCAGGCGCGGAAAAAUUCCGAUCCAGACUCCCGAUCCAUUUUUAAAAAAAAGUCCGCUCCGGGUUUUCCAGCGCACCGAUUUAGAUAAUCCAUUCCAUUUUUUUGCUCUGGUUUCCCCAAAAUCCGGUCCGCAUUUUCCAGCACACCUUCAGCACCAGCAUUAGCGUCUUACAAUUUACCUCAGUGGCAUCUUCUACAUUAUCACGGCGAUGUAAAUUUAGCAGUAGUUUAACGGUAAAGAUGUCAGCUGUGUGGGAUCAUUUUACCCUAAAGGACGACAAAGACGAAGAGGUGGAGUGCAACACAUGCCACAAUAAAGUCAGGCGUGGUGGUGAAGCUGUAAGAAGUUUUAAUACAACCAACUUUAAUAAAGCAUUUAGCCAAAUACCACCAUAAAGAACACGAAGAGUAUCUUAAAAAAACUGCAGACAAAAAGAAAAGGUCCUACACAACUAACACUAGCAGAAACUUUUGCUCAGCGUGACAAACUGGCACUGAACAGUGCCAAAGCCCAGGGGAUAACAAGGGUCAUUGCCGAGGAAAUCAUUCUGGAUGACGAGCCAUUAUCGCUCGUGAGUAAAGUGGGAUUUAGACGCACCAUCCAACACCUGGAACCACGGUACAACAUGCCCAGCCGUCAUUACAUCCUUGAGAAGACUAUCCCCCAGAUUCACAAAGAUGUUCGAGAUAACAUUGCCAAACAAGUAGAGAGUAGUACACACGUUUUUACCUUGUGGAAAAGGAACCCCUCUAUGCCGUGGCAACAAUGCUAGAUCCACGCUAUAAAGACAAGUAAGUGUUUUAUAAUUAUUUGAGCAUGCUAUAAGCUUUAGUACAAUAUUAAAAAUAUUUUACUCUACAGCUGGCAUUUAUUUCUUUGUCAGUAUUUCAGUAGCCUUUUGUUUUUUAGAUAUAAGAUAUAAUAGAUAUAAUGUAUUAUUAUUAUUAUAUUUAUCAUUAUUUAUUAUUAUUGUUAUUCUUAAUUUUCUUCAGUUAUCUGAUGGGUGAGGAAAUUAAGGUCACUGUUGAUCAUUUGCUGAUCAUUUGUGAUCUAUUUUGUGUGUUACUUGUCAUUGAACAGUAAUAUGUGGAGACUGGCUGAAACAAUAUAAAAUAAUAGGUACAUCUUUAUUACAUUUUAUCCAAAUGUUAAGGUUCUUCACCAAUGCUACCAACCUGGAUCAGGCAAAGGAAGCACUAAAGGUAGAGGUGAUGAAAAUGGACCAAGAACUGAAAACCAUGCCCUCUGGAGAAGGUGUGGCUGAGGCUGAGACAGCAAGACAAACAACAGGAAUGGAGGCUGGAAGCUCAACCAGCAGCCUGGGCAGCUUCUUUGACGAGAUACUGGAGGAGAGCUGCACAGCAGGUCCGUCUGAGGAGCAGCAGAUCACCCCAGCGGCACUGUUUCAGUUGGAGAGCUACCUCGGUGAGCCUCCACUUGGGCGCAAGAGCAAUCCUUUUCACUACUGGAGAGACAAUCAGGCUCGACUACCCACCCUGGCAGCAACAGCAGCCAAGUUCCUCAGUGCUCCUUGCACCAGCGUUGAGAGUGAGAGGCUUUUUAGCACAGUCUCACUCAUCAUUGAUGAACACAGGAGCAGGCUGACACCUGAGCAUCUUGAAAUGCUUGUCUUUGUAAAAAAUAAUUUCCCCAGCAUGCUCGGACUGCAGUCAGGGCAAACAGUUGAAGGGAGUGUGUAGAUGAAAAUGGAGCAACAAAGUGUGGAGGAGACUGGGGAGUAGAAGGCAUUUUUGUUUUUAAAUAGUUUACAGUAUUAUUUGCACUGAUUUUUAAAGCCUUGGUUUACACUUGUUCAAGAGAAGAGUACUGAUGCUGAGUUAAUAGACUAUAUUAUAGAUACAGAUAAGGUUGUUUGUGCUUUGCUUUUUUGAUACAGUUUACAGUCUUAUUUGCACUUUUUACUGACCACUGAUGCCAUUUCUGUUUUUUUAUUUAUAAUGCUGUCUAUUUUGUGUUUAUCCCUGAAUAAACAGGUCAGUUUCUUGUUAUCAACCAUUGUGUAUUAUUCAAACUCACCUAAUUCAGCUGGCUAGCUGUUCUCAAGAGUACUAAAACCCUUUUCAACAUGAGUCUGACAACUAGGUAAGGAAGGUAAAUAACUUUGAACUUUAAUACAUGCUCGGAUAGGCCAGUAUCGGAUCGGAAGUGAAAAAAAAUAUCGGUAUCGGAUCGGAAGUGCAAAAACCUGGAUCGGGACAUCUCUAGAAGUAGUGUAACUGCAGUGUGUGUGAUGGCUUUAGUAUUUGAUUCCUCUUCUAUAGGGCUGGAGGACUCGAAUCCAGGCUUGUGAUUACAGAUUUUAUUUGUAAUAACUCCACCCUACCCCUUGGUGUAGAAAGGGGACGUUAUUAAACAGCACCUAAUUAUUUCUUUUUAAUCAGAAUUCAGUGAUCUGCAAAUGGAAUGAGAGUCCGUGUGAAAUGAAGUAGGGGUUUAAUUAUGCAUGACUCAGUCUGCAGCCCUGCCCCAGUAAACAGUUUAAACAACAACAAAACAUCAUUAAGUCAUGAAUUAAAUUAAAUCUCAUGCGUCAAACUCAAGGUCUGUGAGCCAAAUAUGGCUUGCUGCCUCAUUUCAUUCAGCCCCAUGAACCUAAAGCAAAUAAUGUUGAAAGAGCGUGCAGUUCUCUCCUACUCUACAUUUCACACUGUCUAGAAUUCUCACUGUAGGUAAGUUACUUCAGUUACAGGUUACCAAAGAUUUUAUAGGUUCCUUUGCACCGUCUCUCAUAACUAUUAAAGACACUGUAGGCUAAACAGUAACAGUGCGCUUCCUUUCCAUUGGAGUUCUGGUUGCCAGUCCUCGCUUACGAAUAUUCCAUAGGAUUCAGACUGCAGAGUCACAUUUUUUACUGAGUGAUCUAGCAACCUUAUUUCGUGAAUGGAUCUGAUCAACGGAUCUGGGACAAAGUCAGUCUGAAUAUAAUCUCUGUCUGGGAUGAAUGGAUGAAGAACUCGUCUUUGGAUAAAGGAUUUGGUUGCUGUUACAUGUUUUGAGGUAAGUCUUGUGCAGUGCCAGAAAUAUGUACAUAAAUGUAUUUUUAACAUUAGUGCUGAAAAUUAAGUUUAAGACAUAAUAUGCCAGCUAACUCCAUAAGACAGCUGCAGAUGUAAAUGCUAGCUGCUAGCCUACUGUUGUCGGAUAUGAGAGAUGAAAACGAACACAUAAGCGUGCGUGGCCUGGAGAAUUUCCCUGUUCACAUUGGAUGGUUUUCAAAUACAGAAAACACCCGAUCAGAGCAUUUUUAUUUUUUUUUUGAAAGAUAGAAAGCUGGCAGGGCCUGUACUAGCUUGCUUUUUAGAGCACAAGCAGGCUAGUAUCAAAGACAUUAGCUAACUUUUAUCAUCGUCAACUAGCAGCUGUUUAUUUCAUAUGUCGAGGGUGAAAAGGCGCUUGUUUUGGCGUUAGAAGCCAACGAGAAUGCCAACGAACAUUGUUUGUGUUUUUAUUUUAUUAACUGAGCGCAGUAGGUCAUUUUUUUUUUUUGCCCGAAGAACUUCACUCGCGUCAUUCAUGAUCAGCUAUCAAGAAAGCACCUGAUGACCUGUGUGUUUUUCUUGGAGAGAAGAUUUGUUCAAAAACACUGUAUCAUACAAAUAUUUAAAAAAAAAACAUCCAAUGUGAAAAUGGUUCUAGCCUACUAUGCCACGCCAACACAAACCCCACGAAUUCGAAAACCAUGUACAUUUUUAAAUGUCAACAAAUGCAGUUGGGUGUAGCCUUCAUGAUUUUUCGUGAUGACGUGCCCUGAUCCAGGCAAUAAUGUUGGAUUUUUUUUUUCCAGAUGAGGGAGCUUAAUGAGGAUGAUGCACAGUAUGUGCAGCAGCUUGAAUUAGGGCAGAAAUGCAGGUGGAGCUGGGCGUGGCUAAAAUUGGAAGUGAAGACUGAGGUGAAGGGAGUGCAGUACAGCUUCCCGCUGUCACAGUAUUUCAAAAAAAUUGACAAAGCGGGCUACUGUAAAUGCAGCCUUUGCUGCAAAGAAAUAAAUUAUGGCAAAAAGGGUUCCCAUGCUCUGAUGGCACACUGUCAAACAGAGGUGCACAAGCAAAAAGUGAGCACAAUACUCACUACCACUAGUGUCCUUCCUCCUGUUCCAGUUCCAACACAAAGUGCUCCCAAGGGUCCUGAGCUGAUGAGGGAACGAGUAAGGUUACCUGUACCUGUAUUCCAACGGGUUGCUAAUGCUGAGGUGUGUAUAGAUUAAAUAGGCUAGCUUUUGUUUAUUUAUUUAACUGUUUCAUAGUGGACUUAUGUCAGGGGUUGAAUGCAUUAUUGGAACAAAUUAUUCAUGGUGUGAGUCAGUAUUAAGUGUAGAUUAUGUAAAUGCAAAUACAUUUGGUUACAUUAUGACAGCUUUACAGUGAAAAUGAGAAAUGAAUGAAUACUAAGCCAUGGCCACAGGGCUGUAACAAAUGGUUGGGCUGGUGUUUGCAAACAUAGCCUUAAAACUGUACUGUUUAAAAUAUUUUUUUUUUCUUUCCAAAUGAGCUCUGACAAUUGGGUUAUGAUAUGAUCUAGAAAAUGUUAUGGCAACCCAAGGUAUAAUAACAGCUGAGUUUUUCUUAGACACUAGAGUGUCUGCAAAUCAUUUAAUUCAUUAUUUGUGUUUUCCUUUUUUUUUCUCUUAACAAAGUGACCCCAGUGAAUACUAAUGUUAAACUUCUAGAUGCUGUAAGUCGUGUACAUUUUUGAGCAUUGUGCCACAAUGUUUUUUUCUUUAUAGGGCACCCAGGUUCUUGUUCAUACAUUGCAUGACAGACAGCUGCAAGUGUUUAUGAACUUCCUGGCAUGUUUUGUGAAAUCUGAACAUCUGACCAUGAUGCCCAAAUCUUUAGCCACCCUUGAUUUUGAUGAUAAGCUGCUACCUUUGAGGGAAAUGUACAUCGGCUGGGAGGCUAGUAAGUUCAGAGCAGCCCACCCACAACACCCUCUUCUGAAGACAUUCCUGCAGCAGGUGUCCCAGGCAUACAAUGCAUGUGUGAAGUAUAUGCAACAGAAACUUCCUCUGCAAAGUGUGGUUCUGCAGUCUUUGUCUGCUGUGGACCCAGUAGUCAGAGGGCACUCCCAAACAGCUGUCCAUCUGAGAAAACUACUGGAGCUUAUGAGUCAUCUGCUGCCAUGCGACAUUGACGCAGACCAGGACAUUCUGCGAUACAAUGUGGACCAGGCACUACCCAGCUUUGAAAAGGGAGGGGAUGUCGUCCAGUGGUGGGCCUGCAUUUUCAAGACAGGAAAGUAUCCAGCCCUCAGUCAGGCUGUCAAGGCUGCCCUGUCAAUUUUCCAUGGCCCUCUGGUGGAGUCCUCUUUCAGUGGCAUGGGGAACAUCAUCGAUCCGAAAUCUACAUCAAUGAAGAUCUCCACCUUCAGUGCUGUGCAAACUGUGAAGUACACACUGCAAAAUAGGAAACAGACUGGGGUGGAAAUGUUUAAAAGGGAUGAUGUGAAAUUCGGGGAGGUAGACAGGAGGAUGUGUGCCAAUAUCAGUGGGGCUGGAAGUAGGGAUAAAGCCCAGCGACAGCUAAAUUUGGCAGCACUGAAGGAAAGGAGGGCUGAAUUUGGUGUCCAGCCAUCUACCAGUGCUGCUGGUAAUAGGGCAGAGGUGGUGAAGAAGGAUAGCAUGGCGCGAAAGAGGCACAUGGCAGAGCAGCAUAAACGUGCCCUUGAACGGCUUGUUCGGGCCAAAAGGUCUAAAAAUGAUAAACUGGUCUGCUGAAGAAAGUUUCCAGUGUCACACUUCAAAAAUUACUUUUUUAAAUUCAAAUUUUACUUUUUACUUUUUAUACUUUUCCUUCCUUAAUGGUAAUGUAAUGAGGUGUCAGAUGCAAAACUGAAAAUUGCAAAGCUAAAAAUGAAUAAAUCUUGUCUUUGUUUUAAA